CAAGUUACCUCAGAGAGGCGGUGGCACAUUGAAAGGCUUCAUUCUCAUGAGGGCUUUUGCAGCGGGCUGCAUUUUACCGGGUAUUCCCAAGACAGCCGAGAAGGCAGGAGAACACAGUAAACAUGUCCGAGAACCCCGAGGAGCAGCCAAGUACUGGGGUCUUGGGCCGAAUCGGGAGCUGGUUCUCUCCAUGGAAGGGAAAGAGUUCAAAGAAUCCUAAUGAAAAUGCCUUCCCAACUAGUGAUCAGGCUGUCAAGUUAGAGGCAGAAGGGGAGAGUGAGGAGCCUGUGAGACGGCAGGCAAGGGAACAGCAGUGGGAGGAGGAGAAGGAACACAGCUCCAAUCCCAAUUCUCUGGGUCUCCACAGAGAGAUUUUCCUCUGUGAAGAGGAGGACGCCACGCAGUCUGCCCACAGAGACGGCUUCGUUGUGAGCAGCAGUGAGACAGGAGAAGGAGGUCCAAAAGAGGAGGAGUCUGUGGUGUGUAGAAGGAAGAGAAUAGGGCAGGGCAAGGAGAGGGAGGAGAGCAGCAACGGUACUUCGGUGAGCGGGAAUUCUGAGAAUGCCAGUCAUCUGACACAUCUGUCUUCCUGCUCUGAGCAAGGAGUGGUAUGGGAGUCAGAUCAGGCCCACACCCAGCCUGAGGCCCAGAAACAAGCACACGCCCAGGCAGGCAGGAGGCUCCAUGUGUACCUGGAGGAGACCAGUGUGAUUCACCGUGGCCAAGACACCUGUGCUGGGCAGGAAGUGGUUCGCACCAAAAUCAAGAAAAACCUACAAGUUCUACCUAAGGCAAAGUCAUCACCAAGUUUUGAUUCAUCAAAGAGCUUAAGUUCAACAAGUACAGAGAACAAAAGGCUAAAUGUGAGGCCUGCUGUUGGGGCACUGAAUUAUUACAGUGCUGUAGAGGGAGUGUCACUGAAAUCACCCAAAGACUUGCAGUUAGAGCCUGAACCUUAUCAAGAACAAACAGAGGCAGACAGCAUGGGGCGAAAAAAUGCAGCCAGAAAGAAAUGCAGGAAGAACUCUCAGGGAGAUGGAGGGAGCAGCCCCCAGGAACAAAUACCUUCCAAUGCCCAACCUGUGUCAGAGGGAUGCCCUACAUCAGAUAACUCAGUGAACAGUCCUCAGGGCAAAAGUCCAAUUCACAUGGGAGAGUCGCCUGUAAACUCCUCCACCAAGCCCAACCCCACCUCUCAGGUCUCACCUGGGGGAGUGGAAAGUAAGACUUCCUGCCCUGACUCAGCCAAGCAUUUGGCCAACUUCCAGGACUCAAACUCAGUCAUUUUAGCCACUCGGGCAUGUGUGGUUGAGGGGGGUGCAGACAUGGAGGACGAUGACAGCUUUUACAAAGUGGAAAGGAAGACAGAGACACCAGAGUCCAAACGCAGGAGUAUGAAGGUUUCUCGGAGUGAGGUGAAGCUUUUUUCAAAGCACGUGCCUUUUAAUGCUGAGCAGAGUUCAGCUGAAGAUGACCUGGAUUUUAAGGCAGCGUUAAAGAUUACUAAAAAUGAAGCAAAGGAUAAGACCAAAACAGAGAUUCACGCAAGACUACAAGACCUGAAGAAACUUGAUGAGGAGCCUAAGCCAGCCGUUGGCAGGAUUGGAGAUAAGAUCAGCCUCUUUGAGCGCCAGGCGAUGGGGGGCCGCAAGCAGACCUUUCAAAGCCCAAGGAGUGCCGAUGUCUCUCCAGUCAGGAAAGCCACUGAGAGGCUGAAAAAAGACCUUGUGUUGUCAGAUCAAAGGUCCAGAUCAGCUGAACGCUGCGGCACUGCGGGCUCCAGAUCUGCAUCACCUGUCACGGAGAAACCGAUGACGAUCAAGGAGCGAGUGAAGAACCUUUUCGAGGCAUCUGUAACAGCAGAGAAAGCAGCACUACCUCAAAAGCCAACCAUGACAGGAAUGUCUCAAAAAUCCACCUCGUCUGCGACAGUUGCUGCAUCAAAGUCGCCAGAACUGGAGAGUCAGGGUAAACAGGAUACUAAAGAGCAGAUAGCGACAAUAGCAAUGUCAGAGACAACAUUAAAACCAGAUGGACGAGAUACCACUGAUAGGGGGGUAAAGAUUUCCAUUACUAAAGAACAACGUAUAGACUCCAAAGUAAAGCACACAGAGACCUCAAAAACAGCAGACCAGGGUACAAAACCUAACAGUGUUGAAUCAGAUGCUCCAGCUAAAGGGACAGGUGAUUCUGCAGAACUGACUAAUAAUGUAAGCCCACAGGUCAAAGGCUCUAGCAGAGCAGGCUCCCGCUCUAAAAGAAGAAAAAGCAGAGAACCAGCCAGUCCCCUCAGCCCCAACAGUGAAAACAAGUCAGACCACUUUACUAGUAAGCAAGAGUUCACUGACAUACAUCACGUGGAUGAUACAGAGGAGACUGCUUCAGCCUCCAAACAUUUUACAGAAAAAGUCUCAUUACGAGCUGAUAAAAUAGAAAAAAAUACAUCAGAUAAACAGCAUGUUUCUGAUACCAAACAGCAAGCAAUUAAAAAGGGACCAGAGGUAUUAGGCAAACAGAAAAAACAGUUAGAUUCUUCAUCUAAAAAGGACAACAUUGACAAACCAGUCAACAGACAGGAGGGAUUACCUGAACCAUCUGUCAAGAAAGAUGGACCUGAUACUGCUCCUUGUGGCAGAGGAACAAAGAAACCUAUUGACCAGGUUCCUGUUAUUUUACACCAAGAGGAAAAUGCAGGGGGAAACAGCCUCUCAUUCACACAAGAGAGAAAAAAUGUCUCCAAGGACAGCAGAGAAACAUCAGCCUCCUCCCCCUCACCUUCGGUUGAACGACUUAUUGAGAAGACUCCUUCAGUGGAGCAAAACCCGCUAGCUGAAGCCACCAAAAUAGAUAAAGAAUUCUCAAUGCAAUCUGAGUCAAAAAGUAAAGUAAAAGCAACGAAUUCUAGUAAAAAAGACAUAGGGCAACCACGGCAACAACAAAACAGCAACACAGAACCAAUAAAUCAGACUGAGGGUAAAGAUUUGGAGAAACUGAAAAAGGCAGAGAGGGGAAAAACAAAUCAGAGUGAGAACAAAGACAAAGAAGAACCUCAGCAGCUCUUGCCUUCAGAUGAAAAUACAACAAAGGGCAAGGUUUCACACAGUGGACAAGGUAUCUCAGGGACAGAAGGAAGUGUUGCUAGGGAUGAUCAGAAAAAAAAUGCUGCAAGAAAGGGGGAAGCACAGCCUGUUAGAAGCAUAACAAAACCAGAGGCCAACCAAACAAAACCAGCUUCUCAGCCCUCAGACAAGACAGUUGGAUCGUCAGACCUCCACACUCAAACACAACAUGUCAUUCAGACGGUGACUUCACAUCCAGAAAACACUGCUGUUUGUGCCGUCAACCAGGCUGAUGAGGCUAGAACCAUGAGUGAUAGGCAGACUUUGAAGAGGGAGAAGGCUACAAAUGCGCCUGUGUUGCAAACAACGUCUACAGAAAGCUCUGGAACAGACACAGAGCCAGUGGUGAUUGCAGCCGAACCACAGCCUAAUUCUGUAUUUGUGGAAAAAACAGAGAAUUCAGCUGAUGACUCACAUACACAUGGAGCUAAUGAUGCUGAGUUCUCCAGCUCAAAGCCUAUUACCAAAGCAACUACAGCAAUUGAGGAAGUGACCAUAAAGGUCGCUAAUGACACUCCAGGGCUGAUAACUGCACAGACUGACAAUAUUGCAGAGAAGGGCUCAUCUGUUAAAGAGCCCACUUCUAUUUCUGUCUCUAAGUCAGUGAGCAGCAAGGUAACAAGCCAGGAUGAUGGGAAUAAAAGAUCAGUUGACAAAUCAAUGGACUCAAAAGUCCAAAUCUCAGCAGAUGAGAUGAAACCAGCGCCUAGCCGCCCACAGUGUGAGGAAUUAAAAAAUACAAGUAUAAGUGAUAUCACGUCAUUCAAGGGCACAGAAACCAAACCACAGAGUUCUCCAGACAGUGCUGCUUCUAGCUCCACAGUUAAAAUGAUGGAGAAGACAGCUGAGAAAACAUUAAAUAUGCCAGCGACUGAACUUUCACCUGCUGCUAAUGGUGGUAUCUCCCCACAUCCACAGCUCUGCACAGUGAAAAAGGAACCAGUCAAUAACAAACCAAAUCAAACUGUAAAAGCGCCCCCGUCCUCAAAGGCUAAUAAGCUGAUCCCAGACUCAAUGCAGUGUUCGUCCAUGAAGAAGCUCAAUUUGCCACGGGGACUAAGCAGAGAUGAUUCAGCAAUACGGCAAGAUGCCCCUUCUAGUUGGCUGGAUGUGGACUUUCCCAAACGGAAACUUAAAGUCAUGGCCCCCAAAUUGAGUUCCUCUGGAAGUGAGAGCAAUCUUCUUGACACUUCCGGUGAGCUAGAUGAUGAGGAGUUUGUUGAGAAAAUCAAGAAGCUUUGUGCUCCCUUCUCCCUCCCGCCACGUAAACACAACCACCUCCGGCCACCUCAGCCCGCCUUUGCGAUGCCAGCCAUCAAGGAAGACCACUUUGAGAAGACAUUUGACCUUGAGGAGUUUAAGUUUGGCUUGAGGAAGAAUAAUUUCGUCUUAGACACAUCCACAAACCUAUUUGACAAGCUCCAAAGCUCAGAUACGAAAACAGGUCUAAGGCCUGUCAGGGCUAGUUUAGCAGACAGGAGUAUAUUGCUUAAUAGCUUGGACACCCACUCUCGCCUCAAGGACAAGAGCCCUGUCAAGGAUGAGGAGGAUGUUAAGGAAGAGAGAGAUGAGCAUUUUAAAGUGAAGUCUCGCUUGGAGGGGAGCUGUGUCUUCAGCAGUCUCACCAGCUCCAGCAGAGGGAAGAGAAAUGGAGCUCAAACGCAGGCAGAAGGCACUAAAUCUGGGGAUGCGUCACCCAGCGAAGGCCCCCUGCCCAGCCCUACACUUUUAUCCCAGCCACCCCUGCCAAGCCCAACUGCCACAGCUCCACUCAAAAACACACUGUCCAAGCAGAGCCUUGCCCCGGGCGACAGAGAGGAAGCCCAGGCCGUGGAGGCUGUGGUCAGUGACUCAGUUCCUCCACUUCCCUCCUUCAACAACAUCAAACUGCCAGACUAUUUAGAGAAGUACCUCCCCCGAGAACCAGCGAAACCAGUGCAGAGCAUACAAGGACAGGAUCAAGCCAACACCGAGGUUACUGGAAAAAUGACAACUCCAGUCCCUGUAGUUGAAGCAGACCUGCAUGUAAAACUAGGUCUGGUGUUUCCUGAUGCUGUGCCUUCAUCUUUUCCUGGGAUUCCUCCAACCACAAACCCGACACUCCCUGAGAUUAAACAGCCUCCGGCUCAGCCACAGGGGAUACUUAGUAAUAAUAUAAGAACUGCCAGAGGAUUUCACAAGCGCCCUGGAAAGAUGGUGUUGUUCGAGAAAGCUCAGUUCUGUGGGCAAUCUUAUGAUAUUUGCAGGGAUAUAGCAGAUGCUACGUCUAUGCGGCUCUCACCUCUCAUAUCUGUGAAGGUCAUUAGAGGAUGUUGGGUACUAUACGAGAAGCCUGACUUCCAGGGACGCUCCAUUGCCUUGGAGGAGGGGGGCACAGAAUUGACAAAUGAGUGGGCAGAGUCUGGGCUGGAGACAGAGCCACACAACAACCUGCCAAUGCUGAUUGGCUCUAUUCGACUUGCUGUCUCUGAUUACAAUAUCCCCCAUAUUGAUCUGUUUACUGAACCAGAGGGACACGGCAGAGUAACACCGUACCAUGACGACGCAAUAGAGACGGGUUCAUUUGGCAUCCCGCUGAGCACUGCUUCCAUUCAAGUUCACUCUGGGGUGUGGCUGGUGUUCAGUGAUGUAGGGUUCCAGGGCAUGCUAGCUGUGCUGGAAACAGGAGUGUACCCUUACCCUGAGACCUGGGGCUUCCCAUCACCAUUUGUAGGAUCUCUCAGACCGCUUAAAAUGGGUGGUUAUAAAGUGGAGAAUCCCAAUGAAGUCAAGGCUGUGGUGUAUGAGAAGCCUGGCUUUGAGGGCACCUGUCUGGAAAUCGACAGUGACAUUUUCAGUUUUUGUGAGAGUGAAGGAGCAAACCUUGAGCCAAAGAAGCUGACGUCUGUGGGCUCCAUAAAGAUCAUCGGAGGACUCUGGGUGGGCUACAGCCAACCAGGGUUUGAGGGCCAGCAGUAUAUCUUGGAGGAAGGAGAGUACCUGGACUGCAAUGACUGGGGAGGCUCAGAGCAGCUGCUGUCACUGCGACCAAUACUGUCUGAUUUCAUGUCUCCACAUCUCAAAAUGUUCAGCGACAAAGAUUUCGGCGAGCUGGGAGUCAGCAUUGACGUGAGAGUGCCUAUUAUUAACAUGGAUGACACAGGUUAUGGCAUGAGGACGCAGUCUAUUGACGUCAUGGGUGGUGUCUGGGUUGUGUUUGAGGAGCCUGGCUUUUGUGGUGAGUGCUACAUCCUGGAAAAAGGCCUGUAUGGAAGCCCAGAGGACUGGGGGGCGCUACAGCCCAGGAUUGCCUCAGCGAUGCCUAUUGUGCUGGAUGAUUUCGAGAAUGCAGCCAAGUUUAAGGUGCAGCUUUUCUCUGAUCCAGGUUUUCAAGGCUCUGUCCUCGCUCUGGAGGACAGUGUGACCUCCCUGCAGGAAGGCUUCUCUGUGGCUUCCUGCAAGGUUCUGGCGGGCAGCUGGCUGGCAUUUGAGGGCCAGGACUUCACCGACAGGAUGUACGUGUUAGAAGUGGGAAAUUACCCAGACCUGAGAGCGAUGGGCUGUGUCAAUGCAAGUUCCUCCAUCCUGUCAUUACAGCCUGUUGGCUUUGAGUUUUCACUGCCAUCCAUCACUCUUUUUGAGCGCUAUGGCCUCCGGGGAAAGAGGGUGGUUCUGACAGACGGAUCAGUCAACCUUCAGCUGGCUGGAGGCUGUGGCAGAGUCCAGUCCGUGCUCGUGGAGGGAGGCAUGUGGGUACUAUAUGAGGGAGUCAACUAUCGAGGUGCUCAGAUUUUGCUGAAACCUGGUGAGGUACAUGACUGGCAUCAGAUCAGCAAUUGGAAGAAAAUUGGAUCCCUCCGCCCUCUUCUACAGAAGCAAGUGCACUUCCGUUUAAGGAACAGACAGACAGGGCUCAUGAUGUCAGUGACCGGAGAUUUGGAUGAUAUCAAACUGCUGCGAAUUCAAGAAAUGGAGGAGACUGAUGGUUUUGAGCAGAUCUGGUUCUAUCAGAAUGGACAUCUCCACUGCAAGCUGCUGGAGGAGUGCUGCCUGAGUCCCAGUGGCAGUGUGACCAUUGCAGGAAGCCGUACGGGCCUCACGCCGGAGCAAGACGACCAAGCUCACUUCUGGAGCAUCACCCCAGAGGGAUUUAUCCGCUACACCCCCACCUCUGAUCUGGUCCUGGAGGUGAAAGGGGGCCAUCAUUUUGACAAAAACCAAGUGAUCCUGAACACUCUUGAUCCAAAUAAACUGACCCAAAUGUGGGACGUGGAGAUUAUAUGAAAAAACUGAGCUGCAGAGCUGGAUCCUUAAUAUAAUCAGACGCACAGCUCUACUGGAGGUUCUGUUACUGUACGCAGCUGCAUGACAAGUGUUCGAGGACAACGCGCAUCAUUGGAGCGUCUGCUGAAACCUUUGCUGCAGGAGAACUAUAAAGUUUCCACCGAGGAAGUCAGCUCGGAGAGCUAUGGGAAAAAAUCCGUAAGAAUGUAUUACGACCCACUUGACAAAUAGUGAGGUUUGAACUUGAAACACUUUACAUUUUACACUUCCAGUAAUAUAUCUCAAGGUUUAUAUUUUGUCUUUUUUGUUGAAUAAAUCUAUUUGCCUGAUUUGUAAUUAACUUAAACAGUGUUAACAUGUUUUCAUAACUUUUAUGCAAUAUGAUUACCUUACUUUCCAGCUGCAUACAACAUGAGGAAACAAAAAAUACAACUUUGCUUAGCACAUUGUCUCUUUAUUCUGUGCAAACCUAUAUGACACACAUUGUUGUUUUCAGAAUAUGUAUUUUUGUCAAUAAAUGUAUUAAAUACAUUUUUACAGUA